AUACACUGAAUACUGAUAGAAGAUAGAACCGAAACGACUAGAAGUCGUGAAUAUUGGUAGUUUUUUUUUUUUUUAGUUUUUAAUUUUUACCGUGAUUUCUUUUUUUUUGUAUUCACACUUUGAACGUAAUUCAAAUUCCGACCAUAACAGGUGUAAUGCAGUAAAAAAUGUCAAACAAUAGCAUUUCAACAUACAAAUUUAAACCAUUUCAGUUCACUAUAUUGAAGAAAAAUCAUGAUCCACAGCAACGUCCAUUAGCGAGAAGUGGACAUCGUGUGGUGUGCAAUAAUGCCUAUCUGUUCUCAUAUGGAGGUUUUAACCCUCAAACAAAUGAUGCUUCACUUCGUAAUCGAAUGUCAUCAGCCAUGCGGGAGCUUUGGAAGUAUUGUUUUGAUUUAGGUGAAUGGAAAAUAAUCAAGUGUCAGAAUGUUCCUCAAGAAUUAGCAUCUAGUUCAGUCACACUAUCUGGUAACAUAAUCAUUAUAUAUGGAGGUACUGGAGUUCCAUUUGGAGCAUUUUGUAGCAAUCGCAUGUACUUAGGAAAUUUAGCCAAUGAGUAUAAAGAAAAUGGAAUGAGUUUUGAAGAGUUAGAAGUAUCUGGAGAUGUUCCAUUACCAUUAUAUGGACAAGGUGUUGUAAUGGAUGGUAAAUAUAUUUAUUCAAUUGGUGGCACAUCUGGUUACGAGUAUGAGAUGGAUGUUCAUCGAUUUGACCUGAGUACAAAAAAAUGGGAGUUAUUACAUAAGUCACUCGGGGAAGGUCAAGAACCUGAACCUAGAUAUCGACAUGAAGUGAUAUUCUACAAGGGUAGAAUAUACAUAUUUGGUGGAGGAAGAGGUGGUGCCAGAAAUAUUUAUUAUGGCUUUUCGAAAAUCCAUAUGUUUGAUUUGGCUACUAGACAGUGGCAAUUUCUUCCGGCCAAACACGACCAUAGGGUGCCAAAACCUGGUUAUCCAAAUAACCGAAGCUGCCAUAGCUGUGUUCAGUGUCCUGAGAAUUCUAAUUUGGUAUAUAUAUGUGGUGGGUUUGAUGGCUUCCAGUCCUUCAAAGAUGUUUGGCGUUUUGAUUUCGACACCUUACAGUGGGAAAAACUCACCAAGUGUAUUAUGCCUCGGCCUGUAUACUUCCAUUCAACUGCUGUAACUCCUUCUGGUCGUAUGUGUUGUUAUGGUGGUAUAGUGUCUGAUGAUGAUGUAGAUAUUAGAGGUGGCCGUUCAAAUGACAUUGCUAGUGCAUGGAUCAUAAUACCCAAAUUGAAAGUCAUAUGUUGGGAAGCAAUGGUUCAUUAUUUCAAAGAUCAAAUGUUUGAAUCUAGUGAUGAAUAUCUAAAGAAAAUUGGCUUACCUCAAGAAUAUUAUGAACGAAUAAUUGAAGCUCGUAGAACUUUUUAAAUUAAGUUUAUUUCAAAAAUACAUUACUUUAUUAAAGUUUUCUAGAACAUUAAUAUUGUU